AUGGGUUGUGGUUCUUCGAAAUAGGCAGGAGAAGCAAGUUAACCAAUAUAAAUGAUACAGAAAAGGUUGAAACUAAAAACUUCAUCAACCUUACCAGACGAUAUUAAAAAGAAAUUAUUUCGAAAUAAAGAUGGAAAAUUAUUUUAUGUAGUAGAGGAAGAUAAUAAAUACAUAUAAGUUCCAUUAUUAAAUAGUGUAGAAUAGAAUGGCUUGCUGAAUAGACGGAGAUAAAUGCAUAUAUAAAGUGAUUAAUAAUUUUGA